UUGGCGCCGACGUUUUUUUUCUGUGUUUUUUUUAUUCGUGAGGUUUUUUUUGUUUUUUUAUUUUCUCAGUGUGAUGAACAGGGAGAGGGAUGGAGGCUUAAGGGGUUGUGGCAUUGUUGUUUUCAAGCGGGAGUUUAUUUGUUUAUUGUCGACUUUAAAAAUAGGCCGCAUAGUAGCAAGCUAGCUAACAAAAGCUGAAAUUAAUGGAGGCAAGUUAGCUAGCCAGCUAACAUCAAGGAGCUAGCUAGCUUCUACGUUAACUAACUAGCUCAGAUUUCACUCCUCUGUUGUUGCUAGAUAAUUAACUCGCUAGAUAACAUCAAUAGCAGUCUAUCAAGCUUGCUACCAGACAUUUAGCUGAAAGAAAGGAAAUAAUGGAAGAUUCCCAUUUCAACUCAUCAUACUUUUGGUCUCCCGUUCCUACAGUACAAGGACAGAUUGAAAACGCCAUGUUCCUGAACAAGAUGAAGGAGCAGUUGAGUCCAGACAAUAAGGGUUCUCCAUCGUUCCCUCACUCCUCGCACUAUCCCACCGCCGUGCUCACCAUGGACGCUGGAGGCCGGGUGGUGCCCAAACAGGAAGGUGGAGGCGUCCAAUUGAACGCCAUAGGUGGGCAUCUGCACCAGCCGCACACCUCACAGAAUAUCACGGUGGUGCCCGUCCAGUCCGCGGGCAUCAUGACGGCAGCGGGGCUAGUGAUAACCACUCCCCAAGGCACCCUGGUCUCUCAACCCACCUCCACACAAUCUUUUGUGUCUGGACCCCCUGCCACCACCAUGAUAGUGUCCUCACUGCACCCCACAAACACAGAGAGCAGCCAGCACUCCUCUCUCUACUUCUACAGCCACAGCAAGAAAGAGGAUUUGGUCAUCCCUCCUGCUGUCAUGCCAACGCCCGGGAAGCGGGGCAGGAAGAAGAAGUCAAUGAUGCCGAGGGCGGGCGCCACCCUCCCCCCAGGAAGUGAUGCGUUGAUUCUGGCACACCUGGCUGCUGGGGGACAGCACCACACUGCCGACCAUUAUGACUUAUCAAAUGAUGAGGAUGAGCAUGGGAACAAAGAUGGGACCAAAUCAUACAGGUGCCGGAUGUGUGCAGUGACGUUCUUCAGCAAGUCGGACAUGCAGAUCCACGCCAAGUCUCACACGGAGGCCAAGCCGCACAAGUGCCCCCACUGCUCCAAGUCGUUCGCCAACUCCAGCUACCUGUCCCAGCACAUCCGCAUCCACAGCGGGGCCAAGCCCUACACCUGCUCCUACUGCCAGAAAACAUUCAGGCAGCUCAGUCACUUACAGCAGCACACACGAAACCACACUGAGGGCAAACCGCACAAGUGUCCCCACUGCUCCAAAUCGUUCUCCAACUCCAGCUACCUUGCCCAGCACAUCCGCAUCCACAGCGGGUCCAAGCCCUACACCUGCUCCUUCUGCCAGAAAACAUUCAGGCAGCUCAGUCACUUACAGCAGCACCACAGGAUCCACACGGGGGAUCGACCUUACAAGUGUAUCCAUCCUGGCUGUGAGAAAGCAUUCACUCAGCUGUCCAACUUACAGUCUCACCGCCGGCAGCACAACAAAGACAAGCCGUAUAAGUGCCAUAACUGUAACCGCGGUUACACAGAUGCGGCCAGUCUGGAGGUGCACCUGACCACUCACACGGUCAAACACGCCAAGCUUUACUCCUGUGGCCUGUGCAACCGCGCCUACACCUCGGAGACCUACCUGAUGAAACACAUGCGGAAGCACAACCCUGACCCCCUCACGGUGGCGGCAGCCAUCGCCGCCCAGCAGGCUCAGGGCCACACCCCCGGAGGAGGGGGCAGGGGGAGGGGCCGUGGGAGAGGAGGAGGCGGGGCAAAUGCAGUGGGUGGUCCUGGAGGGGCGGGCCAGAACCCGGGGCAGAACCAGUCCCAGAACCCCAACAACCCCCAACAGGGCAGCUACCCACAGACGGAGGGCGUGCCAUGCUCCUUCGACCUGCACCAGUACAAGACGGUGUCGGCCGGCGAGAUCCAGUACAAGCCAGUCAGCGUGGCUGAUCUAUCGGCCCAUAAGGACCUCUGCUUGACUGUGUCCACCUCAGCCAUCCAGGUGGAGCACAUGAACUCAUAGAGCAGGAGGAUGGACAGAGCAGAAGAUAGACAGAAUGGAGAGGGAGGGAGGGAGUUGGAGGCUGGUGUCACUUUAAAUGGGAGGAUAGGCUCAUUGUAAUGGCUGGAAUGGAAUAAACGGAACUGUGUCAAACACAAUCAAUGUGUUUGAUUCCAGCUAUUUCAAUGAGGCCGUUCUCCGAUUUCUCCUCCCACCAGCCUACACUGACAGGGAGAAAGGACUAAGUAAAAGCGACACUGCCUUGUGGUUGGCGAAGGAAUGGAUGGAAGAAUGAGGUUUGGCGAUGCAAGACCCAAUCAGAGAAGGAAAGGAGGGCGUGAAGAGGAAACCUGAGAUGAAGAGGAAGUAUGGGAUAUAUAGUCCAGUAUUGAAUGAAGAGAUGAUCUAUGAAUGGUUCAAAGAAGGCACUUAAAGGAGAAGACAUCGAAAAGAGAUGGGAGGGGGGCUGAUACAAAGAAGGCACUUGAUCAAUCUUGUAUUUUUACCCUCAUGGUUUCUCAUUGUUUCAUUUAUUAGUUGUAUGUAUAUUAUCAUAUGUAUGUAUUUUUCUACCAACAUUGGAAUGUGUUAACGAACGACGUGGGAAAGUAAAAAGAUUGUGCAAGGAAAGUGAGUGAGAAGAAACAUCAAGUAACAGAGCAGAUUUUGUAUUUAAGAAUGACCAUUUUCUAUAUUCCCAACUCAUUCUUGCAAAGCAAGGGGUAUGGGGUAGAAAGGCGGAUUGUGUUGAAACAAUGAGGUACUUUUAACAGUUUAUUUUUUAUUUUUAACCUUUCAUACAGAGUAUUAGUACCUUCGUUAUUCUUAUUGUACGCAACUAUCAAUGUUAUCCUCAUUAUUAUCCAUUGGAAGAUACUGUUAUCUAUGUAGAUAUGCAGUACCACUCAAAAGUUUGGACACGCCUACUCAUUCCAGGGUUUUUCUUUAUUUUUACUAUUUUCUAUAUUGUAGAAUAAUAGUGAAGACAUCAAA